AUGCUCCCGUACGGCCAUGGCCCCCACCUUUCUUUUUUUUCCCUUUCUCUUCAUUUCCCUUGCAAAAAAAAUUUCUCGCCUGGAAAGUAGAAAGCGGCUUCAGUUUCAAACCAAAAAUUUUGUUCCGUCUCCCAGCUGCCGUUAAACCCUCCGCCAUAUAAAUCAAAAUCCCCCGCCGAUUUCCUUUAUCUUCGCAGCGGGGAUCUGGAGCUCGUUAAAAUCUGCGGUUUCAAUGGCGUUGACGAAGCGGAGAACGGAAGAGGAUUUGUAGAAGAAGAGGUUUCGACGGAGAUAGAAGAAGAAGAAGAAGAAGAAGAAGAAAGAGGAGGAGGAGCAAGCCGAAAUACUGCACGCUUAGCAAAAUGCGGACGCUCUGCGACGUGUGCGAGAACGCCGCCGCCAUCCUCUUCUGCGCCGCCGACGAGGCCGCUCUCUGCCGCGCCUGCGACGAUAAGGUUCAUUUGUGCAACAAGCUAGCUAGCCGGCACGUGCGGGUUGGGCUGGCAGUUCCGAACGCUGUUCCUCGCUGUGACAUUUGUGAAAAUGAACCUGCGUUCUUUUAUUGCGAGGUUGAUGGUACUUCGCUGUGCCUGCAAUGCGACAUGGCUGUGCAUGUUGGUGGCAAGAGGACGCACGGGAGAUAUCUCAUGCUGAGGCAGAGGGUGGAGGUUUGUGUGAUGAUUUUGUCUCUCCCCUCUGUAUUGAAACCUUGCAGCGGAAGAAAGAAAGAGAGGAGAGGUCCUGCUGAGAAAAUUAACAUGGGUGUUGGUCCUGUUGAUUUGCGUGUUGUUUUUAGUUUCCAGGUGACAAGCCAGGCCAUUUGGAGGAUCAAAAUGAUGUUAUGAGGGAUCAAAUGCCGCCACCUAAAGUUAUGAAGCCAGAAAGUCAGCGAGAUCGUAGGGUUUCUCCUGUUCCGGUGGUAGAGAACAACAAUCCGGUUGGCAGGAAUGGAGCAAUGGGAAACAAUUUGAUAGACCUUAAUUCCAGCCCUUGGCGGGUUAAUGGGAAAGAUCCGACGAGCCAGGGACAUGGAGGUAAUGUAGCGAAUGGAGCUAACUGAAGAGUCUGCUAAUGUUGUGGUUCUAGGACCCUUCAAGAGAGACUGAGAGAGCAUGCAAAAUAGGUAAAACAAGACGGCUCUCAUGGUACCCGAUUCUGAAGAAGACUCCAAUUGCUCGAGCUCGGCCUUUUACACCAUUGUCGCCUAGGAUAUAUGGUUAGUACUUAGUAGUUAGUACACCACUGCUGCCUAGGAGAGAAGCUGAGCGUCUGUGUAAAGCAAAUUGCAGCUGUUUGUUGUGAACUAAGUACGAGAAACUCGACCAAUAGGGCGGUUCUUACGCUAGUAAAUGGUUAACAUUAAUACAAAAACCACAUGUUGUUUGAUGUAAAGACCUCAAUAAUCAGUUCUGUUCCGCAAAUUCAUUCAUUUGCCAGAAUAGCAAUGCAAAACGUUUGUGUUUCUGCCGAUCACCAAGCAAAACAAUCUGUAUACUCGAAUAAUAUACACAGACAUAAACACGAACCAGACUUUUUUCCCCCGUCGGGCUAGUAAACUCGUUCUGCUGUUGAUACCGGCCGGAGGAAUACCACGAUCACAGUAAUGUUAUCAUUACUACCUCGCUCUGCAGCUUCCGUUGCCAGUCUCUUGGAGCACAUCGUGGGUUCUUUCACGGUGUCCCUAACAAUGCUCACCACGUCAUCGUUCUUCACACAAUCCCACAACCCGUCGCUCGCCAUCACCAGGAACUCGUCCUCUUCCGUUAGAUUAGUCUCCGUUACCUCCGGUUCAGCAGUGACAGCAGGCUUCAGAUCAUCAUCACCAAUUGAGCGAGUAACCUGAAGCGCAGCUCGACCCACCCUCCAAGUGUCAACACGCCACUCGACUUCUCCACCGGCAUUCACAACCCGUUCCCUCUCUUCAGGAUCGCUCGCAGUGUGAUCCUUGGUCAGAGGAAACGCAUUGCCAGCUCGACAUAGCACCGUCCUGCAAUCGCCUGCAUUGGCAACGAACAGUCUGUUUCCGACUAUUAAGGAAGCCAUAGCAGUGCAACCGGGAUGCCAGUCUUUCUGAGUGUUUUUUCUGGUGAUGCGAUGGGAAUCCAGUUCUUUCCUGAAUGCGACAUCUGUUUUGAUGAACGAUUCGAUCAGUGCAUCUCCAGGGCUGUUGCUUAUUGUUGCUGGAUGGUGCAAGAACCCUGGCAGAGCUUUUGCCGAGAAUUCAGCUGCUGCUCCACCUCUAUGCCCAUCAAAGAUACCAAAAAAGUGGAUGAAGUUUUCGUUGCAGAAGUUGGGCUUCAGGAAGUGCGUAUCCUCCAUUGUCUCCCUUCUACCACGAGAAGCAAAGGAUCCACAAGAAAGCACUGGAUGAUAAUCUUGCAACGAGGAAUCAACCCAAUUGCUUAAACCUACAAAAGAUGCUCCCUUUGACUGUUGUUCUCCCUUAUCGAACCAGUUAGUAGCCUCCUGGUAAGUAACAGAAGAUUUUUUAAAUUUAUCCACAGGGACCACUGAAACCAAUUCCUGCUCCAUCAUCAAGUCUAGUUCUGACACUAUGUCAUUGAAAGAAGGUCUGCUAUCAGGUUUAUCAUCCCAACACCUCUGUAUCAAAGAAAGCAGACUACUUGGCAGUGGAGAUCCACCUGAGAGAGGAAGAGUAGCAAGAGCAGGUCUCAGUUUAUCAGAAACCACAGCAGCUGUGAGUUGCUGCUCGGUAUAGUUCAUUUCCAACACUGUAUGGGCCUGAGCUUCUGCUCGUAGAUCAGUAUAAGGGACGACACCAGUGAGAAUCUCGUUUACUGUUAUCCCAAAGCUGUAGACAUCGGAUUGUUCAGUGUGAACAUCCUUUCUCAAUAUUUCAGGGGCCAUGUAGAUAAGCGUGCCAACCAUAUUCUUUUUAUGAAACCCACCAGUCGGCUUUCCUGAAGAUCUCCAGUUUUGUGCCGAGACUUGUUUGAGAUUGCUCCAGUAUUCUGCCAGGCCAAAGUCAGAUAAGUGAGGAUGAAGGUUAUCGUCGAGAAGCACGUUUGCUGGUUUCACAUCUCUAUGGACAAUGCCAAGCUUGUGCAGAUACUGCAAAGCCUUGGCAAGGUGGAGAGCGAUAAGAAGCACCUGAUGGAUGCUUGGAUUCCACUCUUCAGCAUGCAAUUUGUCGGCGAGACUUCCAUGUUCAAAGAGUUCAAAGAAGAACAUGUAAUUGGGAGGCUUUGCAUGGGCAGCAACCAACCUGGAUAUCCCUGGAUGAUCCAGUGUGCAUAACAGUUGGAGCUCCUUGUGAAACUUGUCCAUGUGCUCAGAUGUGGACAAUAUGGGUUUCUUCACGGCAACUUUUCUGCCAUUCAGGAUGGCUUCAUAGACCACACUCUCUGCUCCUUUCGCGAUUGGGGACAGGAUGGUGUAAGAAGAAGGUGGGAGAUGAAGUGGGAUUGAACUGCUGCUGCAGCAACCUCUAAUGCAGGAGUUUGGUUCUGCGAUUUCUAACCCCAUUUCCCUCUAUCUCUAUUACCACUAGCUUUCUGUGCAGUAUCUCCAGAUCAGUUUGUGCCCUUCUCUAUGCUUAUCACUUCAAGAACAUAUAUCGAAACCAUACAAAAGAUUACCAAGCAAGGACUUCUCUUUCAGAGGAAGUUUCCUACACAUCUGGCACCUUCCUCCUCACUCAAAGAAGCUUUACUUUUUCACAUGCGAAAACCCUUGUUGAUCAUGGACGGAAAUUCACCGUGACCGUAUCAUCGCCAGCAGCAAAGCAACGGCAGCCAUGGAUUUGGUUUGUGACACGUUCUGGCAGAAUGAAACUGACCGUAAAGGCGGGUAGAGACU